AUGUCAGCUUCCGGCAGCUGCUCUGUGAAUGAAGAGUGGGACUUGGAUGUCCCCGACCAGGGCCGCUCUGAGUCUGCAGAGGCUGCCGAGUUCAAGCAGGCCAUCACGGCACAGGUGACCACGAUCAAGCAGAGCUUCAAGAGCGUGGAAAGCUACUUGCAGGCGCGGCUGCAGGAGGACGCACGUGACUUCAUCAAGCACCUCCUGAUGACCUGGCCGCUAGAGUGUGGUGUGCCAUACUGCUGCGACAUUGCUUUUCCCAGAAGCAGGGAAGCCGAAGGCGAUUUGAAGCUACUCCACCUGCACGUGGCUUCCUUGGCUUGGCGCAUGGAAGCUUCUUUGAAAGGACCGACAGAGUGGGAUACCGCCAUGUCUCUGCUUGAGGAAAUAUUGUUGCAUGGAUUCGAGACCGCCGGCGAGCCCUUGCGGGUAACACAGGUCGCGGAGCUUGUGACGGCGGUGCAUGGCCUGGGUCUCCCCAAGCUGCAGGGGGGUGUUGUGGCCGGCACUGUUGGCUAUCUCAAGGGGAAGGCGCGGGCAUCUGUGCUGCUGACCAUCCUGGCCAUUGCAUGGGACCAGGGGCUGGACAUCAAGGAGAAUCACCGCAGUCUUUGGGCCUCUGUGUGUGACAUCCGCGCCUACUGCGUCUGUGCUGCAUCGAAGGCAGAUGAGCUGUUGGGCAACUUUCGCCUCAGCGUGAAGAAUUCCAUCCGAAAGCCACCGAAUGUCAUGUGUGCGCCUGAGUUGACCUGGGUGACCAGUUUGACGAAGCUGGCGACGUACGACGCCAACUUGGACGUGGCCAAGCUGGUCAAAAAGCACAACGCUACGAACACAACAAGAGGGUCAGUCUACGGAUCCAAAGCGCAAGCAAUCAAGAACUUGUUCAGCGAGGUUCCGGAAGGCACCAGGCUGAAGCUGGUAGACUACGUCCUAGCGCAGUCUUUCGACACCUCAGUCAUCUCCGACGACUGCUUGAGCAGCAAGAAGUGGCUGCCGGGGUAUCAGCCGCCUGCCUUUCAUCAGAGUCAGGACAAGCUCUUCUUGUUUGUGUGCAUGGUGCGAUCUUUGAACGUGCUGUGUGCCAUGAACUGUGGAGGGAAGUUCAAGGCCAUUGGUGCACAUGCCAUCUGGAAACAGCGGGGCAAGGUCACAGUGGAGUCCUGCGACCUCUUUGUGGAGCAUGUGGUGGCAGAGCGCACCAGCAUGCUUCAGGGCAAGAUGCCAAAGGCUGUUUGGGAAUCCAAAGCCCAGGAGGCGGCAGUGGCAUGGAGCAUGGCGCAGGAGUUGUUGAAAAUUGUUCCGAUCGACCCGGCAGUCAUCAAAUCCAGAUGGUUGGAUGCAUAUGUGGCUGGCACAAGCAACGUCAUGACGGAAGUGCAAGCUGCGAUCCUCAACCAUUCUGCCGCUGACGUCAGAGAAGUGGGGAUCUUGCGAGAACUCAUCAACGAGCACGCCCUCCAGGCACCUGUGGCAACCACGUCAAUCAACAUGACCGACUUGGAGCAGGAUUCCUGGCAGCUUUUCCAGCGCCAGUGCGAGUACGAUGUCAACGCACUGCGAGUGGCUCGGCGGAAGUUACAGGAUCACGAGUUCAGCCAGCACUCGACGAGGGUGGCUUGGGAGCUGAGCAUGCACGAAUCAUCCGAGAAGGCCGCCAAGCAGUUCAUGGCUGCGUUUGUGCACAUCAGCAGCCAGCAGAGAGCGGAGGAUUGGGCGCGGGAGUAUGUGAAGUUCCGCAGCAGCAAGUCCUCCUCUGUGGGUGUUAUGGAGAGUGGCUGUGCUGUGCUUGCACUGCUCAAUUGGUCGGCGCCCACGAACCUUCGCAACGAUGUGAUGAAUGCUCAGACGGGGUUCGUGGCCAACCUCGUCCUCGGCUCUGGCCAGGCCAUCGGUGCAGCUGUGCUGCCGAUCUUCAGCUACAAAGCCGGGCACGUCUGGCUGCUGGAAAGCAAUGCCGUCAAGAGCUUGGCCAAAGCCGGCCUCAAUGUGGACUUGAGUUGGACGCUCAUUUUCGAUCACAAGGUGGACAGCCGAGACUCAAGGCCAUGUGCGUACCCAGGAAAGGUCCUGCUUCGUCCACAGUACACGUCUGACUUCAAGGGUGCAGAUGGCAGUGUCUGGUCCAGCUCUGGACUGAUCCGGCUCGGACGGACUGCUGCCGCCACGAUGCUGGCCAGCAAAGACAUGUUGACUGUGGAAGAUGUCGGUAGCAGUGUCCUUCCCACGUCCACCGACGAUUCCGACAGCGUGGUGCAAGGAGCUCGGAAGGCUGAGCAGCUGGGCGUGGACGCCUUCUCGAAGAUCUGGGACCUGGCAAUGGAUGGAGUGGUGCUGGAGUCCGGCAAGGCGCUCUUUCUUGUCGAUGGCAACGUGGGCGUCGGGCACAUGUUCGAGGCAUGGAUGGGGAAGCGCGGGUCUCUCAACGUUCCCAGCUUCUUUUUUGGGUGUUGCGGGAGCGCUUCUGCGGCGGAGUGGUUUGCCGUGCACAAGCUGAAAUGGGUCGCGAACUUGCACCGCAAGGGCGACCUCCAGAUACCCGGUCAUCCCAACCCGCCGCUCACCAUCCCCGAAGAACUGUUGCAGCAGCCACCAGCACUCCCGAAGCUGAACGUGAUCCCUGCCCGUCCCGACCUUUACCCUCAGCUUCCGGAAAGUGCUAUCGCAAAAUGGAUUUCACACGGCGUCUACGGUGCUCAAAUGAAAACCAUGUUGGACAGCAUCGUGGAGGAGUUCGGACCGGUUCCGCAGGCCACAGAGGGGGUCAAGCGCGGGGCUGGAGAUGGUCAGGAGGAGCCUGUUCCGAAGAAGGCGCGGGUUGAUGCGGAGCGCUUGAAGCCCAACGGAGAGAUCAGUGGAACCACCUUAACCAGCGUUGCCCUAGCAAACUGCAAACAGCCGGAUGUCAAGCUGGUCUUUCAGCUUGGAGACAAGAUUUGGUUGCAGAAUCAAGGUGCCAGCUCCGUCACGCUCAAGCAAGGGACGUUCUUGUGUGGCUUCGGCAAGGGCAAAUUCGAGUUUGACAAGGGCCAGAAGAAGGAUGCUGCCGAGGAACAGCAGUUCAAGCCCUUCGUCGUGCCCUAUGAUCUGGAUGGCAACUCCAAGGUGAUUCUUGCCGGCCGCCUGCUGUCUUUGAAGAAGGUUCUGCAGGAUCAGCAGAAGAAGGAGCCGGGAGCAGCCAUCGCUUACUUCCGAGUGCAGAGCAGCACGGAGCAGCCGCUGAGCCUUGAGAAAACUCAUUCUGUCAACUAUGUCACGACACAGGCAGUGGCUGUCCCACAGGGUGAAGGUGAUCCGUCAGCAGCAGAGCUGAGGGCAUUGCAAGGCAGUGCCGCGGCUCUGGUGCCAUUGGCUUCGUGGAAGGGCUCUACCAGCGUCAUUUGGAGCGUUAAGUGGACCGUGAACGGCCUUAUGCCGUUGCGGCCACAAAUCGUUUUGCUCGAGGACUUGCCCUUGGAGCAGACUCAAUCCUACUUUGUAUCCUGA